AUGUCACAGCAGAAGCAACAACCUUCAGAGCUCCCAAAUGCUCCCAAAUGUUCACCUCCCAAAAGCCCAAACCUCUGUCUCACUACCUGCUCAACUUCUUGCGGGGCUUCUUGUUCAGCAGGCUGUUCUUCCCACUCAGAAAGGCUGAGGCUUCGGAAUACUGUUAGCCGCAAAAAAGUUCACCACCCACAACCUCGCUGUCUUAGGGGUGGCACCACCUACCACUGCAAAGAAGAAGAGUGCUAA